AUGUCUACCGCCGUGGAGAAAGUCGUCGAUGCUGCUGCCUCUGCAGUCCAUGACGUUACCAACGCUCUGGCCAAUACCUCAAUCUCUGGCAAGGCCGCCGACGACAAGUCGGCCUCGAACGACGCCGUCCUUGCCAGCGCUGCCGAGGGUCGCCGCUUGUACAUCGGCAACCUGGCUUAUGCGACAACCGAGGGGGAGUUGAAGGACUUCUUCAAGGGAUACCUUGUUGAGUCCGUCUCAAUUCCCAAGAACCCACGCACCGACCGCCCUGUCGGGUACGCCUUUGUCGACCUCUCGACUCCCAGCGAGGCUGAGCGCGCCAUUGCCGAGCUCUCUGGCAAGGAGAUUUUGGAGCGCAAGGUUUCUGUCCAGCUUGCUCGACCCAAUGAGAAGGCUGAAGGCGGCAACGCUGAGGGUGGUGAGGGUAACCGUCGCCGCCAGUCUACCCGUGGUUCGCGCGGUCGGGCUGGCCGUGGCCGUGGCGGGCGUGCCCGUAGCGGUCGUCGUGGCAGUGGUGACGAGAAGAAGGAGGAGGGCGCCCAGGCCGAGCAGACUGCCACCCCCGCAGCUCAGCCUGAGGCUCUGAAGGACGUCACCAAUGAGGCGACUGGCGAGGAUAAGAAAGAGGGCAAGGCCGGCAAGGGUCAGGCUCGUCCCCGGGAGCGUCGGGAGCGCGGUCCUCCGGCCGACGGUAUCCCGUCCAAGACAAAGGUCAUGGUUGCUAACCUCCCUUAUGACCUGACCGAGGAGAAGCUCAAGGAGCUGUUCAGCGCCUACCAGCCUUUGUCCGCCAAGAUCGCCCUCCGCCCCAUCCCGCGCUUCAUGAUCAAGAAGCUGCAGGCCCGCGGCGAACCCCGCAAGGGCCGUGGCUUCGGUUUCGUCACGCUGGCAUCUGAGGAGCUGCAGCAGCAGGCUGUCGCCGAGAUGAACGGCAAGGAAAUCGAGGGUCGCGAGAUCGCUGUAAAGGUUGCCAUCGACAGCCCCGAUAAGACAGAUGAUGAUGUCCACGCCCCGGAGGUUGAGGCCACCAACGGCGCCGCGCAGACUGAGGCUGCCCCUGCCGCGGCCACUGCCUAG